AUGGCUUCUUCAAGUAAUGAUUUGGUUGUUGAGACAGAUCCGAGUGGGCAAUACAAAAGGUACGACACGAUCAUAAGAAUGGGUAAUAAGAGGACAGUUUACAAGGGCUUAGAUGGUGCUAAUCUUAAGGAAAUUGCUUGGAGUAAGGUAGAAGUAACAGGCGAAAUGAGAGAUGACAAGAACUUGCUCCAGCGUUUGUGUGCCGAACCUCAACUGUUGAACUCAUUGAGGCAUGAUAAUGUAGUGAGUUGCUUCAAUGUUUGGAUUGGCGAUGAAAAGAUUAACAUGAUUGCUGAGUCUUUUCCUUUGGGGAAUAUUGGAGAGUAUGUCAGGAAACAUGAUGUUACUGAUAUAAACGCGAUCAAGAAUUGGUGUACUCAGAUUCUUAAAGGGUUGGACCAUCUUCACAGACAUGAUCCCAAGAUCAUUCAUCGCGAUAUUGACUGUGAUAAAAUAUUCUUUGAUGGAAGCUUCGACAGGGUGAAGAUUGGAGAAUUGGGUUUCGGGUGGAUUUUUGAGGAGGGGAAUGAAACGCCGACUUUUUGUAGCAAACCUCAGUUCAUGGCACCAGAAGUUCUUAAAGAAAAUCAUCAUAAUGAGCUGGUUGAUAUUCACUCUUUUGGGAUGUGUGUGCUUCAGAUGGUUACUCGGGAAACACCAUACAGCGAAUGCAGAUCCAAUCAACACAUUCUUGGAAGGGUUGGGAGACGUAUAAUGCCUGACGCACUAAGCAAAGUGACAGACUCUGAGGUUAAGAGAUUCAUUGAGAAGUGUCUGAGGCCUGCAUCUGACAGACCCACAGCAAAUGAACUCUUGAAUGACUCCUUUCUUCAACCGAGUGUUUCUAGCUCUGUAGCAGCAAGUAGUAGUCUGAGUAUGAAUGAACCUAGGCCUUUUAGAAUCAAAGGGAAAUCUUUGGAGACUGGUCCUUUUAAGAUGACUUUGUUUAUUGCUGGUGAAGAGCCGAUUAAAUUUGAUUUCCCGGUCAAUGAUACAACUCAGGAAGUCAUGGAGAAAGAAGGGUUGUCAGCAAGAAUGUCUGAUGCAGAAUUGUCACUGGUUUCUGAGCUUCUGGGAAAACUGAAAACAGAACUGAGUUCUUCAGAUGGUUCCGAGAUGAAAUUACUUCAGAUAACAAGUGAGGAGCGCGAGGUCAGGAUAAGUUUUCAAGAGACUGAUGAGCAGUAG